AGCUUUCAUCAGUCCGGAUAGAAUGUUGUAGAUCAGUCUGUGAUCAAGUGAACGGCAUUUGUAGUAUUGCACUCAAAAAUUGUAAUUAAAUAUUACAAAGAAACUUUACUCAUCAACCUGAAAGGGCUAAACAAAUAGAUUUUCAUAUUUUGUAACUACAUAGUUAAACAUGUCGUUUACCAAAGUCAAGGAAGAAGACUACACAAAGUUGGUUACCACUUUGGAGUCCAGGCUACCAAAAUCAAGCAUGGGCUACAAUGUGCUACAAAUGAAAAUUAAGGGGAUACAUCCACCCUCAACUAUGACGAAAAUUUAUGCAUUUUCUGGAAAUUAUGAACCAGACGAAGAAAAUGUGUUUCUUGUCAUAAUUAUGCAACGUCAGAAUGCAAAUGAUACCUCGAUAAUCGUUUCGACCCCACCCAACCCAACGGAGGAGAUGAACUCUGCCUUUGAGAAAUUGGUUAAUUGGGAUGGCAAAGUAUUUUUCUGUGCUGUCGAUAUAGCAUAUUCUGCCAAGAUUAUUGAUAUGUGCAAAAGACGAGAAAAUCUGGACAGGACGUCGAAAUGUGAUUUUCUCUACGUUCCACUCGAUGUGGCGAGGAAUAUACGGGAUGAGGACAUCAAAGGAUCUGUUGACCAAGAAAACCUCAAAAUUUCCCAACUUUCUCCAAGCGACGCUAAAUUUGUCGUGGACAAUUGGAAAUUUGCCUUCCCAGGGGCUGAAGCUGUCAUGUCGGAACAAAUAAGCUGCAUCGGGUCGGCCGGCGUUUAUUUCGGACCUGAUUCUGAACUAGUCAGUUGCGUAUCAAUUUUUACUAUGGGCUCAAUCAACGCGUUAUUUACGUCGGAGAAAGUACGAGGCAAAGGUUACGGGUAUCUCACGAUGAAAAAGGUCUGUCAGGUGGCUGGAGCUAGGGGACUAAUUCCAAACGUGCAGGUGGAAAUUGGCAACACCCCGUCGAACAAGUUGAUGGAGAAGGUUGGGUUUAUAAAAUCCCAUGAAAUAGAGUGGGUCUGGUGUAGUCCGAAAAAGUGAAAAUUAUGUAAAGAUUAGGCAUUACUUUGUUGUGGGUGGGUUUUAUUGGACAGAUUUUUUUACAAAAUUAAGCUAUGUUACGUAAAGUUAUGCAUAUAACAUCAAAUAUAUUCAUCACACAUUUAUUACUUUCAAGUUAUCCUAGGUCAUGAUUUUAUCAGGUUAAUAAACAUCACCAAUUAGUUAAAUAAACUGUUUUAUGUAUGGCUCAUGUAA